AUGCGUUCAGCUGUUAAUCUCGGCGGAGCCCCUCGCGUGCCUUCUCAGCGACUACCGGCCUUUGAAGGCGUAUCCCCACGUAUUGUAGCCCGUCAGGUGCCUGCCCAUCGCGGCGAAUACGUUUCACUUGUCUUACGACCCACAUCUUUGAAUGCACAACGUAAUUCUCUUGUUGCCUCAUGUGUCGUUACGGAUGAAUCCGUUGAGGUGAUGGGUCUCCCAGCAGAUGCGGAAGUCGCACAAGUGAAUGAGUUUGUUUGUUACAUAAACCCCAGUAGUGGGGAAUUGGAGUAUUAUCAGCAUGGGACAUAUAAUGACGAAUAUGACGUGGAUGUGUAUCGCAAGCUGUUGGAGUUGUGCCCAAAGUUUCCAGCACUCUUUUAG